AUGGCAGCAGCGGCCUUCCGCACUACCACUGCGCUCUACGCCAUCCUGGCGCUGCUCUCCCUGUCGCUGCUCGUCGCCGUGGUCCGUUCCGACACGGCGGCCACGCCGGUGACGCCGUCCACGGCGUGCAACGAGACGACGGACCCUAACUUCUGCCGGACCGUGCUCCCGUCUAACGGCACCAGCAACCUGUACACAUACGGGCGGUUCUCCGUGGCCAAGUCCCUCGCCAACGCCAACAAGUUCCUGGGCCUCGUGAACCGGUACCUCGCCCGCGGCGGCCUCUCCCCCGGCGCCGUCGCGGCGCUGCAGGACUGCCAGCUCCUCUCGGGACUCAACAUCGACUUCCUGUCGUCCGCGGGCGCCACGCUCAACACGUCGGGCAACAGCACGCUCCUGGACCCGCAGGCCGAGGACGUGCAGACGCUGCUGUCGGCGAUCCUGACCAACCAGCAGACGUGCGCCGACGGCCUGCAGGUGGCCGCCUCCGGGUGGUCCGUGCGCAACGGGCUCGCCGUGCCCAUGGUCAACAGCACCAAGCUGUACAGCGUCUCGCUGUCGCUCUUCACCAGGGCAUGGGUGCGUUCGUCGUCCAAGGCUAAUAAGUCCAAGUCCAAGCCGCCCCGCCACGGCGGCGGCCACGGGAGGGGGCUGUUCGACGCCACCGACGACGAGAUGGUCCGCAGGAUGGCGCUCGAGGGCGUCGCGGCCGCGGUCUCGGUGGUCGGCGAGGUGACGGUGGACCCCAGCGGCGCGGGGAACUACACGACCAUCGGCGAGGCCGUGGCGGCGGCGCCAAGCAACCUUGGCGGGAGCACCGGCUACUUCGUCAUCCGCGUGCCCGCGGGCGUGUACGAGGAGAAUGUGGUGGUGCCCAAGAACAAGAAGUACGCCAUGAUGAUUGGCGACGGCAUCGGCCAGUCGGUGGUCACCGGCAACCGGAGCGUCGUCGACGGCUGGACGACCUUCAACUCCGCAACGUUCGCUGUUCUUGGGACAGGGUUCGUCGCGGUGAACAUGACGUUCCGGAACACGGCCGGUCCGGCGAAGCACCAGGCGGUGGCGCUCCGUUCCGGCGCGGACCUGUCGACGUUCUACCAGUGCAGCUUCGAGGCGUACCAGGACACGCUGUACACGCACUCCCUCCGCCAGUUCUACCGCGGCUGCGACAUCUACGGCACCGUGGACUACGUGUUCGGCAACGCGGCCGUGGUGUUCCAGGACUGCAACCUCUACUCCCGGCUGCCGAUGCAGGGGCAGAGCAACACGGUGACGGCACAGGGGCGCACGGACCCGAACCAGAACACGGGCACCACGCUCCAGGGCUGCACGUUCGCCGCCGCGCCCGACCUCGCCGCCAACGCGGCGUUCCCCGUGACCACCUACCUGGGCCGGCCGUGGAAGCUCUACUCCCGCACGGUGAUCAUGCAGUCGGAGGUGGACGCGCUGGUGGACCCCACCGGGUGGAUGCCGUGGGACGGCGACUACGCGCUCAGCACGCUCUUCUACGCCGAGUACAACAACUCCGGCCCGGGGGCGGACACCAGCAGGAGGGUGGCCUGGCCGGGCUUCCACGUGCUCAACGGCACCGCGGACGCCGCCAACUUCACCGUCGGCAACAUGGUGCUCGGGGACUUCUGGCUGCCCCAAACCGGCGUGCCGUUCACCAGCGGACUCAUCAACUGA